CAGUAGUUGUUUACACUGAUAAUGUUAAUAUUGCUGACAACAUGUCAAGACACAGAAAUGUUCGUUCCUUGAACUAUAGCGAUGAGUAUGAUGGAUAUGAUGAUGAGUAUGGACAGUCUGUUGAAGACGAAUACUGCAUUUCUCCUAGUGAUGCUGCCCAGUUCAUGUACGACAGAAACAGACAAUCCACACAGAUUUCUGCUUUCUUCGAUGAAUCUGACAAUAUCGCUGAGGAAAAUGAGACAGAAGAAAGCAUUGGCAGUGUCAGAAGAUCAUCUGACACCUUUCAGAAACCUCAUUUGAGUGAGCUGGAGGAAGUCAGGCUCCAAUCGUGCCUAGAUGAAAUUAGAAAUGUGAUUGGUGACACUAUUCCAGAGAAUAUAAUUAUUGAAACAAUUCUAAAGAAUAGUUUUGACUUAAAUAAAUCUCUGGAUGCACUGCUUUCCUAUGAACCUUCAGCCAGCAAAUCUGAUGACCCCAAGCCACAGCGAGAGAGGAAAGAUCGAAAUCGAGAUGAUGAUUUUAGUGAUUUUUAUCCCUGUGUGCAAAGUCAUUUGACAAGAAAUCAAGAACACAAAUAUUUCAAUAUUCAUUGUAAAACUCGGAAACCACAGAAUAAUUGUUUGAAUGCAGACUUUUUAAUGUUAAACCAUUUAGCAGUAGACAGUACAAAUUUGUCCUCUGAUUUUAAUAUGAAACAAAGUAAUUUGCCCAAGGAAUUUUCGCUAACUGUUAAUGAAAGAACCGAGAAGUUUGGCAGUGUAAACAAUAUUUGUGGAACUAUGAAUACUUCAGGAAACUCUGGGAUGCUGAAAAUUAACAAUGACUCAUCAAAUGACAGAGUGAAGGCUGUUAAUAGCUGUCCUGAGACCCAAUUGAAAUUUCAAAUACCACGCCUACAGAAGCUUCGUAAAGAUUCAGAUAAAGAAAACAUAGCAGAAGGGGAUGAUUCAGAUUCAGAUGAAAUAGCAUUUUCUUCACUGGCUACACUUGCAAAACAGUAUUCUUUGAAGAAUGUAACUCCUUCAGAAAAAAAGUUAGAAAUACUGGAGAUAAGUCAGUCUGAACUUUCAUGCAGGGCACCAACAGUUCCAUCUUUAAGAAAUUGUGAUACGACAAGUGAGAUGUUCAUAGAUGCAAAUUGUCAUGGAGCAGUCUGUGAUGAACUAGUAAAAUGCCACAGUGAAAGUUUUGGUUCUGCAGAUGCUCCGGACACAGCAAGCAAAGAUAUAGUACCCCAUAAACCCCAUUGUGAACAAUAUUCAAAAAAUGAAGACAGACAUUUAUCUAUUGACGACAUAGAUGCAACAUCUGAAAGUGGAAUGGCAGAGAGAUUCAGCAAAUUGUCAACACAGAAUGCAGGUGAAUCUGCAGGCCCAUUAGGAUCUCCAGUUUUAUUAAAUUUGUGUCAGAGUGAUACAAAGUCAAAAGUUCAAAUGCUUAAUCAUGUGCCUUGUUUAAGGAAAGUGAAGAGCAGUGACAAAACAACAUCAUCAUCUAGAAAUCAAAACUUAUCUUCUUUGUCGGAAAUUGUCAAAAAUCAUCUAGUACACAAAUCAUCUUCAUACUGCAAUAGCCCUCAUGCAGUUGGUAAUUAUGAGGUUAUGAAGUCAGAAUCAUGCCCACAGUUUGUUAUACCACGUCUGCAUAUUGCACAAAAAAGGAGAGGUAUAUCUGAAUCUUUGUCUGAUGGUAGUCAAGAUUUAAAUACUUCUAGUACGGAUAGUGCUAUGGCAGAUGAAGACAAUGAUACAGAUAACUGGGUUAUAGAUUUGAAAUGUGCUCUAAAGAACACACAAGGAGAGAGCACUAAAGAUUCUGUUGUGGUUGACUACCCAACACAAGAUAAACGUUUUCCUAUUGACUUGACAUCAGAAGAUCGUUUAUUUGUUCCUAACUUACCUUGUUUAUUGGAUGCAAGUGACGCAUUAAGAGAGAAAUAUAGUCAGUCCAGGAGAGAACCAUCAGCAUUUGGUAAAGUGUUGUGCAGAAAGUGGAGAGUCCAUCAUGUAAAAAGUGUGUCCAAAAAGAGACAAAUAUCUGAAAGUAUAAGCAGAUUUACUUUCAAUACUCCAUCUCCAGAUGAUGUUAUUUUGACCUAUCUUAGGCUGAAGUGAUGAGUGUAUUGUGCAGUUUGAAAUAUGGUGUUAAAAUUUGUAGUGUUUGAAAAAGAACGACACCUCAGGUAAUUAAUAAGAAUCGUUGACAUUUUAAAUCAUUGUGUCGUACAGUAUAUGUUUUUUUUUUCAUUUAAUUAGAUUUUGUUAAGUCAAUGGUAUGGGCUUCUUUCUGUCUUUGGGACCAGGAACAUUUACACUUUUAUACAAACAUUUUCUUUUUUUACUCCAUUGUCCUCACUUGGGAAUUCUCUGGGUCACUACUGUAAAUCAUUUGUCAUUGUGUUCUGGUUUCAUGUCUCUACAUAGAUAUAACAUUAAUUCAUUGGCUUUGGAGUACUUUGUUGUUGAAUAGUGAGCAACUGACAGACCUGUGCAUACAGUUUGUUGGAUGCAGUUUAAAACUCUUAUUCACACAAACUACAUUUCCUUUUGCUUAAGUAAUAUAUUUUUACUCAUUGAAAAAGUAUUUCAAUUAAAACUAAAAUUAUUUAACUGAGGUAUAAAAUUUGACGGUUCGGAAUAAUAUUAUCGCAAUUUACUUCCGUAAAAUUUUACAGGAUAACAAAUGUAAAGUUUCGUUGUUUCUCAAAAAUCACCACUUAAUUUUACAAUCUUGUUGUUUAUUUAGAAAGACCAUUUGUAUCAUUGGCAUUCACUUUAUUUCAGUGAUUACAUAUAUGGAAGUGUUUUGGGAGUGAAAAUUGCUGUUAAAUUCGUUAGUAACCAGAAUUAACAGCACUUUAAGAUUUUAUUCCUCUAAACGUACAUGGUUGUCAAUGCAAGGUGCACAUGUUAAAAAACUAUGUUGUGCUCUGUGAAUGACAGUAACAGUUGAAACCACAGAGUCAAUUCAGCAGUGAAUUUCUGUGCAUGGACACACAUGUAAGUGAAGUACAAAAAAAUUUGAUAUUAAAAAAACAAGAUAAAAUUUAAACUGAAAAUGUAGCUGUCAUCAAAAUACAAUUAUUACACACCUUUAUUCAUCUUGCUUAACAUGAGGUUCACACAAUUUUCUGUUGUGGUCCAAUCUGUAACCUUAGAAUAUGCCUCUUUGAAAUAGAGAAAAAAGUCACUUUGCCAGAUCUCAGACAUGUAUCAUUUUCUAUCUUGUUGUCCUGUAGCAGUUGGUGUAUACCAUUGAGCUGGUAUAUAAAUGCUGAUGCCCUUUUUUUGGCUCUCUUAUAAUGCCAUACAUGCUGUCUCCUUCAUUUUUAAUGUGCUCCUUCUCUAAAGACUAAAUUGAAUCAACUGACAGGUUAGCUACACUGAGGAAACACAUGAUAAUGACAAAUCUGCUUUGAUGUUGGCCACUGCAGUCAUCAUAAAUAGAAAGAAAAUUUCCAGUGCCCUCAUCCCACAUUGACAAUCUUCUUUUCUCUUCCUUAGAUUACAGAUAGUAAAAUUGUAAGUGACGAGUUUUCAUUAGUAGUAGAAUAAAGAUGUGUCAAAGUAGGGAGAAUUCAGUAGCUGCUGGAGAUUAAAGCAGGCACACAGGAAUGUGUUGUCAUUCUGGCCCUUCAUCUUGUCAGUAAUGUUUCUCUGCAAACACCAUAAUUAUCUUUAUUCAGUAAAUGUCUGCCUGUGGUAUCUUCCAAGGUAGCUUUUCUUCCCGUAUCUGGAUCCAUGUGUGUCUCCCACACAUCAUAGUUAUCUUUUUUUUCCUUUCUUUUUGAAAAAUCCUAGUUUGUACUCAGCAUUAAAAACUUUUUCGUUCAUCCAAGCAGAAGAAUAUAUGUUACCUAUUUAAUAUUGUCCUAUGUUUUCAAAAAAUUCUAUAUGAUCCGUAAUCCCUUGCAUAAUAACUUCUGAUGUGUGAUAUCUGGUGUGCUUGCAUUGUUUCCUGUAACUCUCUAUAGAUUCAGGACUAGUUUUUGCUGAAAUUGUUUUUACCCACUGAUCAGUAAUACCAAACAUUCAAAAUCAUUGUUUUAUUACACAGUUGAAUGCCACCAUAGAACUGCCAAACAAUAUUUAUUUGAUCUCACAAGCCUCAUGCUGUACCAAUGUAAAGGAUGAUGUAUCACAGAAAUCUGAUCUGGUGUCUAGUUAUGAUGUUUGGUCUUUCAUGUUUGCAAGCUAUACCAAUAAAGAUAGCAUGUACAGUCAUAUUACACCAGAUAAAUGUGAGGUUGGACAAUGAGAAGACAUGUAACUCUAUUGAUAGUUAAGAUAGUAUUGUUCUGAACCGUUGAAUUGUAUUAGUAUUGAAUUAAAAAGACUGAAUUGAUAUUUUCUUUUUACGGUCCUUUUGUCACUAUACUGAGGCAGAAUUUUAAUGUAGAUUGUGGUGUUAUUAGUGAUUCAUUGGUCUCAAAUAAUGUGCACUUGUGAUUGAUUUUUAUUUUUUUAUGUAUUUAUUACAGUACAAUGACAAUUUGCUCACAUAUGGUACAAAUUUCUCUCUUCGUGUGAUAGAAUUAGUUUUUUAAAGAAAAUGAAAUCAUUGUUGAAAAUAUGGUUGUGCAUAUUGCAACUAUUGAUUUUUAUAUGUUUAAUAAAGGAAAUUCCCAUUUG